CCAGGCUCAAGAUCAAUUAAAAAAAAAAAAAAUCCUAUAUCCCGCCGUCACUGCUUUACUAUACUCCGUUCAAUUUACUGUCGGCCUCCACGGAACUGCAUCUGUAUACGUAGUGAGUUGUAUUAUCACACUAUUAAUUGUUUGAUUCCACUCGCGGCGUAUACUCUUUCGAUUAUCACACAUGUAUUUUAUUUACAUACAAUAAUAAUAUUCCUUUGCUAAUUAUUACUUUUUUUGUUUGUACAUUUUGGUAUUGUUUAAAAACUACGCAAAGCUGCGAUAUUUUUAUGACUCUAUAUGCACGGCGGCGACACCAAGCGGUAUAUUCUUAGCGUAAACGCAGUUAUAUGUUAUAAGUGUAUACUUAUUACUUAUUAGUUAAGUCUAUAAUCAGUAUAACCACUAAUCAGCAUUUAUAAUUUAUAUUAUUAUGAGGUUGGCACUUGGCGUACGUGCGUGUUCAUCGCUCGUUUCUCCAACUCGCAAUAUGUACUCUCCUAUUGUUAUUAUUCUAUAAAUAAAUGGAUUCCCAAUAACGGGCUCUUAAUUCUUAGAAUAAUUAAUAUUGUUUGUGUUUAUAUUUUUUGUGCCGCUGUGUUGUGACUUGUCGCACUAUCCGAUCAACGUACUAUCGUAGUCGCAAACUCGCAUAUACCUCGCGUUCCAUAAUAUUGUUACUUAUUUUAGUCGACGCAUACCUGCUGUAAUAACUUUAAUUUUUAACAUUACAAAAUACAAAUUGUUUUCAGCUAUAGUGUUGUACCUAUAUUGUUAUUGUUAAAUUGUGUUGUGAUUCAACUUGAUCGAGAUCUAUAAGUUUAAUAAACCAGUAUAAAAUGUGGACCAUAGUUAGUUUUGAUGAUGAAGAUGCUGUAGAAGCUGUUCCUGCUCACUGGAUGAAAAAUAACAUGUGCGCCUGGCCAAAAAAAGAUAUAAAAAAACAUAUACAACGUAGGACUAUUCCAAAUAAAUUUGAUUUUAAUUAUUUUAAAUCAAGAAUUUUGAAAAAAGGCAUUGGAACAUUACAUGAAGCUCGAGAAAUAAAUAAACUAGCAGAGGAGACAAGUGACCUAUCUAAUAUUGAAAACACUAAAAGGAAAAAAAAGACUACAAUGAAAAAUGUAGAACCUCCUCAGUAUAUUGAAAAAUUACAAUUACAUAAAAAUAAACAAAAUGAUGAUUUAGUUUCUAGGGAGGUAGAUUUUGGUAGGUCAAUAACAUUGGAGACUUCACUCGAAAAGCAGAAAACAGUUACAAGUUAUGAUUUUAACCAAGAUUUAGAUUAUAACUAUAAAGAGAUUAGUACAAUAAAGAAUUGUAAGACACAAUCAUUAAAAUCCAAACUAAAUAUGCCUGGUUCUAGAUUUUCAAAUGAAGGUCGUAAUAAUCAUCAGAUGUCCGAUUGCUCUCCUUCAAAAGUAAAAAGAACUCUUUUUAAACCAAUAAGUACAUCAAUUCAAGAGAAUAAGUCUUCAUCAACAACUCCAGAAAGUAAUCAUGAAAUAUCAUCCAUCGUAAAUACAUCAUCUUCUCCAUUUAAGGUCACAUCACAAGACAACUAUCAAUCAUUAAUUCCUGAUGUGCAUGAAGAAAUACUGUUAUCAGAUCAUAAUACCAAACAGUUAUCAAAUCUUGGCCAUAGACCAUCUACAUCAACUCAAGAAAAUUGUAAUUAUGAUUUCGAAAUUAAAAACAUGACGCCUAAGCCAUAUUCAUCUACAAAAUUCAAUAAUUAUAUUAUUAAAGAUCACAAAAGGAUGAAUGUUUCACCGCAGAGUAAUUUAGCCAUCACACCAAGAGGCACCAAUUCAUCUGGCCAACAUUCUGAUAUUUUGAACAGGAUCUUAAAUGUGGUAUUAAAGAUUAGGUAUGAUGUACAGUCCAUUCAACAGAAGCAGAUGGAAAUGGAACAGACUCUAACAGAUGCAAUAAAUCAAGUUAAUGAGACCAAAGGCUCAUCCAAUCACCAAAAUAUAUCAACAGAAGGAGAAGACUUUUAUUUAAUGAUUCCGAUAAUGGACGAAGAACAAUUAUUUAUAUUUGAAGAAAAACUUUUGGAAAAGUCUUAUAAAUUAUGUGUUGUAAAUGAGCUCAAACGUCUUCAAAAAAAAAAACUUAAUUCUACGGUACGAGGCUUACUAAAAGCACUUUUCAGUGACGAUGUCUUAAAAGAAUACAGUUAUGUUGGGCAAAAAAAAAAGAAAAUAUUCUGUUCAUUAAGAUCAUGUGCAAUAGUUUUUGAAACAAUAAGAAAAAUGAAAAACUUCCAAAGUUCAACUAAUGCAACUAUUGAAGACCCAAUUAAAAAAUACAUUGCUGGUGCUGGUUUUAGAAAAUCUUCUAAAAAUAUAGAUUAACCAAAAAUUUAAAAUUUCAACUAUUAUUCUAUUAAAACAAACAUUUUAAAGAUAUA